AUGACCCGAUACAAAAGCACCCCUCUCUACGGCGGCGCUCUAGUCAGCGACUUGCCCGACAAGUUCGCCGACGUCAGCAAACUCCGCGAGGUACCCGACAACCAAGAAGUCUGGAUCGACUCGGACGGUUUCACGAGCAUCAUCUUCGACAUCACGGAGCGCGUCGGCCCCGCGGGCUCGAGUCCCGAGAUCGACGGCCGCGCCCUGACGACGCACCUCGAGGAUCUCGUCGGCGAGGACGUCGACACCGUCAAGGUCUGGAACACGACCGAGACCUCCUUCUCGCGCCUCAGCUCCGACAUUCCCGCCUACACCCUCAUCGCGACGCAGACCCCGCACGCGAGCAAGUCGUCCCGUUCGUCGUCGUCGUCGGCGCCCGAUUUCACGGCCAUCAUUCUUACCCUCGUACGCCUUGAGAAGGAGUCGACGGAUAUCUUGGUCACGAUUAACGUGCCGCAUAUCAAGGGCGAGUACGACGAGGCCGAUGUCGAUUUGGAGCUCGGCAAGCAGGGAAAGCUGAUUGGCGACGCUGUUGAGUAUGCUGCGCGUAUUUGGGAGACGUUCAAGGUGAAGGACUGGUCUUUGUUCCAGGAGGUUUGA